GCCCUGCACUCCAUGCCUGGGCUGCCGUGCAGAAGUCCUUGAGCCCUGGCACUGCUGCCGUGCAGACCCAUCCCACACCCUGCCUGUUCACACAAGGACCGUGGGGCAGCACCUGCCUGCGGGCACCCCAAAAGCACCUCCUGGGUGAAGUGGGGCCUGGCCGGGCUUCGCCUGGGCGUGAAGGGAGCCUGAGCGCAGGAGGGGCCAGGCGAGGCGGGAGGAAUGCGAGUGGGAGAGCGGCCGGGCAUGUAGCGACAGCUCCUGGGGCACGCGGCGCCGGGAUCCCACACGCUGCACGGGGCAGGGAGCAGAGCCCCAGCAACAGGGCUGAGGUCGGCAUGGGGCACCCCAUUGCUCACCCUUUCUGAGAGGUGGGAGCGCAGCGCAGGGAGAGCCCCGAGGAGGGCAGCACAGCCACCGUGGGGGUCCCGGCCCCGGGAAGCUCAGCUCUGACGUGAAGGGGCUGGAAAUCCCCCAGCGGGUGAUGCCUGGCUGAGCCCACAGGAGGUGCCGAGGAUCCCGGGGGCCGAGGGGCCGCUAUGACCCCCGAGAAGGUGCUGAGGGAGGGGGUGCUGGAGAAGCGGAGUGGGGGGCUGCUACAGCUCUGGAAGAAGAAGCGGUGCCUGCUGACAGAGAAGGGGCUGCAGCUCUUCGAGCCCAAGGGCUCGCGGCGCAAGGAGCUGAGCUUCGCCCGCAUGAAGGCGGUGGAGUGCGUGGAGUGGAAGGAGCGGCACAUCUACUUCACAGUGGUGAUGGACGACAGCCACGAGAUUGACUUCCGCUGUGCCCAGGAGGACCCGGGCUGGAACGCCGAGAUCACCAUGGGCCUCGUCCGCUUCAAGAACCAGCAGGCGAUCCAGGUCGUCCGCGCCCGGCACAGCUGCCGAGCAGUGGUGCAGUUCGACACAGCCCCAGUGGGACAGCCCAUGGACACGCAGCAUCCAAGGAGUCGGAUGGAGAUGGCUCUCGGCUCGGCAGGAGGUGGGGAAAACGGGAUCCCAGCGGGCAAGUGAGGCCACUGCUGUGCAGCCCAAGGACAAGGACGGUGGCCCCGGAGAGGCCAGUGCGGGCACUGGCUCCCCCUGCUCUGGGGCAGGACAGAGGCACUGCAGGGGCUGGCCUGGCACGGCAGCAGGGGCCAAGCCACAUCCCCUUGGCACAAAGGGGCAA